GGAGAAGGUCCUUGUUUUUCUUUCUCCCUUUUUUGAGAACCCUAAUCGGCCAAUCCCGUUAACUCGUACCAAAUCAGAACUCCUCAUCCUUUCCGUUCUCUCAGGGACUGCAAAUUUUGGUGGUUCCUUUCCUCGUUUUAGGGUUAUUGUCUGAAAUGGCAUCGGUGUCUAGUCAGCCACAAUUCCGCUACACUCAGCCCCCAUCAAAGGUGCUUCAUUUGAGAAACUUGCCUUGGGAGUGCACAGAGGAGGAACUGAUUGAACUUGGGAAGCCGUUUGGUAAAGUUGUGAACACAAAGUGCAAUGUUGGAGCGAAUCGAAAUCAAGCCUUUAUUGAAUUUGCAGAUUUAAAUCAAGCCAUUGCAAUGAUAUCAUACUAUGCCUCAUCAUCAGAGCCUGCCCAAGUACGGGGGAAAACUGUAUAUCUACAAUAUUCAAAUAGGCAAGAAAUAGUGAAUAACAAAACUGCUGCAGAUGUUCCUGGGAAUGUAUUGUUGGUAACUAUUGAGGGUACAGAUGCACGCCUUGUCAGCAUUGAUGUUUUGCACUUGCAGGCCCAUGUCAAGGCAAUAUCUUCAAUGGCAGCUUAGUGCUUUGGGAGAAAUAGCGCUUGUGUGUUUGUCUCCUUUCUCCUUUCCUUAACACUACCUCUUUCUUCCUUAUUCUCCCCCUCAACUCCUGCCAUUCUUGUAGUUUAGGAUGUUUCCAUUUUUUUCCUUUUGUGCAUCUUUCUUCAUUGACUCAUCAUCUGCAUUGGCAUUUAGAUUUAGUCUCCAAAUUCUGUGCUGUUCAGUUAUGUUCUGUGUUCCAACUAUUGUUUGGAUGUGCUUUUAGAUUUUCUAAGUCUUAUCUGAAAGUACACUAAAAUUUCCUUUUAAACUUGGCUACUGAAUGCUGAGUUUUCACAUAAUUUACAGUUGAGGAGGUACUUUACUUCCCUAAUCCUUUAUUUGAGUCAUUUAUUCUAUUAUCAAAGUGAAUUAUGGCAUUACCUUCAAAUUCUUUUAAGCAUUAUAACAGUUAUGUAUUCUAGGUGGUUAUUUGUAUAAGAUAACCGUGAUCUGAAUUGAAUCCCUUGGCUUAAUUAUUCCCCCCAUUUUCUGUAGUUAGUACUAGAUCAUUAAUGAGAAUAAUCUGACAAUUGUGUUGAUAAUUUCACUGUUUCAUCUGCCUUGCUCUUUGCUUACAAUGGUCUAGUUCUUCUGUCAGGAACAUAAGUAGCAAAAACAUUAUCCUAGUAGCAUUUCAAGAGAUAUAUUGAUUUGCUUAGAGCCUUAAACUUGCAUAUGUUUAAGUUCUAUAAUGGUUUUAUUUGUUAAUAUUUAUUGUCCGUAAAAUGUUUUUUACUUUGUGUCAGUGACAAAUUUCCUUAUCUACAUGCCAAAAAUUCUAGUGUGUGUUCAAUUCUCAAGAUUCACCUAAUUAGUAUCAUCCUGAAAGUUUAUUAUUUGCUCAUGCAGGUUUUUUCGGCCUUUGGAUUUGUGCAUAAGAUUACUACUUUUGAGAAGACAGCAGGAUUCCAGGCACUGGUGCAAUUCUCUGAUGCUGAGACUGCCACCUCUGCAAAGGAUGCUUUGGACGGGAGAAGCAUACCUAGGUAUCUGCUGGCUGAGAAUAUGGGACCAUGUACCCUUAGAAUCACAUAUUCUGGGCAUUCUGAUUUAAGUGUGAAGUUUCAAAGUCACAGGAGCAGAGACUACACUAAUCCUUACCUUCCAGUUGCUCCAUCAGCUGUGGAGGGAAGUGGACAGGCCAUGAUUGGUUUGGAUGGGAAAAGACUGGAGACUGAGAGUAAUGUUCUUCUUGCAUCUAUUGAGAAUAUGCAAUAUGCUGUAACACUGGAUGUCUUACACAUGGUCUUCUCUGCUUUCGGGCCUGUCCAAAAGAUUGCAAUGUUUGAUAAGAAUGGUGGCUUACAGGCUCUGAUUCAAUAUCCAGAUACUCAGACAGCUGUUGUGGCAAAGGAAGCCUUGGAAGGACACUGCAUAUAUGAUGGAGGUUUUUGCAAGCUUCACAUCUCAUAUUCACGUCAUACAGAUCUUAGUAUAAAGGUCAAUAAUGAUAGGAGUAGAGACUAUACCAUUCCUAAUACGCCUGUUGUGAACGCCCAGCCCUCAAUUUUAGGGCAACAAUCUGUUCCCAUGAUGGGUCCUCCUGCUCAACCAUACAAUGGGUCUCAGUAUACUCCAAUUUCUGAGCAGGCUAUGAUGCCUCAGUCUCAGGCUGGAUGGGGAUCAGCUCCACCAACAGCGGUCCAGUCUAUGCCAAUGCAGAUGCACAAUAAUGUUUACAUGCCACCUGGAACUAUGCCACCACAAAUGACCCCAGGAAUGCAAUUUCCCAGUCACAGCACGCUGCAACCUACAACGACAUUGCCCACAUACGGAUCUGAUCGUACCCAAUAGCAUGCUUCUCCUGUGUCUCAAAUAGAUCUUGAUAUAUUGGUGAACACAGUCAGCUGAUUUCUGCAGAACUGAGAACUGUGAUUUAAACUGAAGUUCCCAUCUGUUGCAGCUUGCCUGCAUUUGCUGACAGUUAUGCUGAACCUCAAAUGGACCACUUCUCAUUUUUCCCGUCUGUUAUUUUUCAGAUUUUGAAUGUGAAAGUCUGUAAGCAAUUGGUCAACAACUUCUUGGUUCUUCAGUAUCAGCUUUGAAACAAAAUGUUAUGUUUUAAUUGAUUUGUGCUUGAGAAAGAUAUUUAAAAAUUAAUUCUAGUAUAAUUGAUUUAGCUUGUUUGAUUUACCGUUUACGUCAUCAAAAUCUAUUGCCAACAAAAAAAAUCAGUGGUGUAAAGUAGUUUUGCACACUAAUACUUUUUUACAGAGCAAAUUGAUU